AUGGAACCCUCCUCCUCACUUCAGGUGGAGACAGCAGAGCAACGACAACCUAGUCCUCUCCGAAAAAUGUUUGCUGUCGCAUCCAUAGCAGCAGGAGUCCAAUUCGGAUGGGCCCUACAACUCUCCCUCCUCACACCUUACGUUCAGACGCUGGGUGUUCCCCACGCUUGGUCUUCCUUCAUUUGGCUCUGUGGCCCCAUCUCUGGACUCGUUGUUCAACCCAUCGUAGGAUACAGCAGCGACAGAUGCACCUCCCGCUUCGGUCGCCGCCGUCCAUUCAUCAUGGCUGGGGCGCUUGCCGUCGCCAUCGCCGUGUUCCUCAUCGGCUAUGCGGCUGAUAUAGGACACGCAACCGGGGAUGAUAUAACCAAAAAGACCCGUCCACGAGCUGUAGGCAUCUUCGUGAUUGGGUUCUGGAUCCUGGAUGUUGCUAACAACAUGCUCCAGGGUCCGUGCCGUGCUUUCCUGGGGGAUCUCGCCGCUGGAGACCAGAAAAAGACGAGAACCGCCAACGCUUUUUUUUCGUUCUUCAUGGCCAUCGGAAACGUCCUCGGCUACGCCGCGGGCUCCUACAACAAUCUCCACCGCAUCUUCAGUUUCACAGAAACCAAGGCGUGUGAUGUGUUUUGUGCCAAUCUAAAAAGCUGUUUUUUCUUCUCAAUAGUGCUCCUUCUUGUUCUUUGCGCCAUUGUUCUCACUUCCGUCGACGAUCCACAGUUCACACCUAACCACAACGAAUGCGGCGACAUUCAAACUGGGGCGCUGUAUUCGUGUUUUGGUGAAAUGAGUGCUGCGUUUAAGGGAUUACAAAGGCCAAUGUGGAUGCUGAUGCUUGUGACUGCCAUUAACUGGGUGGGGUGGUUCCCUUAUUUUCUGUUCGAUACUGAUUGGAUGGGUCGUGAAGUGUACGGUGGUACGGUGGGACACCCAGAAUACGAUGCUGGCGUGCAUGCAGGUUCGUUGGGUCUCAUGCUGAAUUCCGUGGUUUUGGCGUUGAUGUCUUUGGCGGUGGAACCGUUGGGUCGUGUUGUUGGAGGAAUUAAAUGGUUAUGGGGAAUAGUUAACGUUAUCCUCGCCGUUUGCAUGGCCAUGACGGUGGUUAUCACAAAGGCUGCGCACCAUGAACGGAGUCACAACGGCGUCCUCAUUGGUCAUCCUUCACUUGGUGUCAAAGUUGGGGCGCUGAGUUUCUUCUCCGUCCUCGGAAUCCCUCUCGCGAUUACUUUCAGUGUUCCAUUUGCUCUGGCUUCUAUAUACUCCAGUACCUCAGGUGCAGGCCAAGGUCUAUCUUUGGGUGUCCUCAAUGUUGCCAUUGUCGUGCCCCAGAUGAUAAUAUCGGCAAUAAGUGGACCAUGGGAUUCUUGGUUUGGUGGUGGCAACUUGCCUGCGUUCGUGUUGGGUGGGGUGGCGGCCGCCGUGAGUGCGGUGUUAGCGGUUGUUUUGCUGCCAAGUCCAAAGCCAGCAGAUGUGGCCAAAGCUUCUUCCGUCACCGUAGGGGGUUUCCAUUAG